AUAUAUAUAUAUAUAUUCAAGGAUAGCCACCCACCAAUCACUGUAAAGUUACAACGAUGGCACUACAUGUUUGAGAGACGAGUGAACGUGUCUUACCCUACCUGCAACUCCCAGGAAGCUGACUGCAGUCGCGUCAUCGAUCUGUUGCCGACAACCACCCCGCCUGUCGCUCGCCUCUCCCUGGCUUCAGUCGGAUAAACAGGCCGCCGUGACGGACAGGACUUGCACACUCUCAGUCUGAAGAGUCUCAAAUAGAUGAUUGAUGGCGGUCGGGGCCCAUUACAGGAAUACCCUUCAAUCCUAGAAGUCACUUCCAGCACAGCGUGUGAAGAAGCAUCUCGCGGCUACAAGAAAAAUCAACUGAAGCGGAUUCUGAGUGUUUCUGUUGCGACAUCAGUUAAUUAGUGCCUACAGGCAGGCGUUCUGUGUCGACGUUUCCUGGAGUAUUUGUGUUGUAUUAAUAGACCGUUUUGUGCAAAGGUUGGGCCACCAUGGAGAAGAGAAUGAGCGGAUCUCAUACUGCAGGAAAUUGCCUGGUUGAUAUCCCAAUAAAUGUCUAGUAUGUACGACACUAAACAGGCAGCUUGUUCGAAAUACCGAUGAACGCUACAACGGCUGCUGCGACGUUUGGUGUCAUGGCGAAAAGUCAACUUCCGUUUGGAUUUAGUGAAUGGAAGAAGGGAGAUAACUGUUGUGAUUAUUCAAACACAAACCUGACAAGAAAUUCCUCGAGGAACCGGGACGAGUUGGAGCUACCCCCUUACGUGUACAUCUACGUGACGACGUUAAACGUACUCAUUUUUGUGGUGGGCAUUCUGGGAAAUGUGAUGGUGAUACAGGUGGUUGCCCGGAUGAAGGCGAUGCGCACGCAGAUGAACUUUUUUCUCAUGAGCCUCAGUGUGGCGGACCUGUUGGUUCUUGUGAUAUGCCAACCGUCAGCACUGUUGGAGUUCUAUGGCAAAGACCGCUGGCUCUUUGGAGAGGCAAUGUGUCGCCUUGUUCCAUUCCUAGAAAACGCCUCUCUCCAUUCGUCUGUUCUGACGUUACUGACAAUCGGCUUUGAACGUUACUACACAAUCUGUCACCCCCUGAAGGACCAGAACACGUGCCUUCUGACCAGCACUGGUGUGUUCGUCACGUGCAUCUGGGUGCUCGCCUACAUCCUGGCUCUACCCUUCGUCUUCCUCACAGUCCUGGAGGACGCCAAGUUCCAAGAUGGCUCCCAUGUGAAAGUGUGUCGAACCAAGAUGUCCGACACCCUGCCGAGGCUCUAUAUCGUGUUUAUAUUCUGUAUAUUUUUCAUCAUGCCUAUGUGUAUGUUAACUUAUAUGUACGCGUCUAUCAUUCAAAAGAUGUUCACACUUAACUCAGAAACGUCCCCAAGAGACUACGCCCAUACCAGAACGAUCAAAUCCCGGAAGCAGGUUGUGCGCAUGAUGGUUGCCAUAGUGAUCCUGUUUUUUGUGUCACUUCUUCCGGUUCGAAUAUUCGGACUUUGGAUCGUGUUUACACCCCCGGAAAGGGUCGAGGAACUGGGAUUUGAGUUUUACCAAAACAUGCUUUCAACAACGACCAUCCUUGGUUACAUCAACAGUGCAGGAAACCCAAUCAUAUAUGGACUUGUGUCCUCAAAGUUCAGGAAUGCAUUUAAGCAUUCGGUGAUAAAAUGUUUGCCUCGGGGGGAUGGGCGAAGCUCUUAUACCCCGAGAAGCACUCCACGCCAAGCCGACCAAGCCGUCCCUAUGUGCCCUGUCGAAAAUGGCCGAAAGGUGUAGUUCUAUAAAAUACAUUUGACCUUGACCUUGACCUCCAAUGGUCAAGAAUGAAUGUGGACAACGUGUGAUGUAUUCCUGUGAGAUCAGAUAAGUAAAACAAUGUGAUAGGACAGUGUUUUAAGGCGCAAAUAGGAAUGAUGACAAUAUUCGUAGAUACAGUAAAGGCAUGAGAAAGGUGAAAUCAAUCUAUAAAAUGGUAUUUGACAUCCGCUGAAACUUUUGAAAGGAGUAAACAUGUCAUAUACACAAAUAUGUAUUCAGUAAAUGUCAACAUAAAAUGUAUAAUGCGAUUAGCUUGCCUUUUUGAGGGGUUUUCAAACAAACGAUAUGCAGCUUUAAUCAAUUGCAUUGAUAUGUUAUGUUAUUGAAAUCACUGGGCGCAAAUCAUAUUGUGUUGAUAUUGAUAUUAUGAUGUUGUAACCAUAGCGACUGUGUCUCAAUUGUUUAAAUGGAUACAAGUGACCUUUCCUGAGA